AUGUCUCAGCCUCAGCAAUGCCCAUCUCUACCUCGCGAGAGUACACUCGCCAAACUCCCCGCCGAAUACCCCGACGCCCAAGACCAAAUUGCCCAGAUCCUCGCAACCUCCAAGGUAAACCGCCUCGUUGUGCUAGACGACGACCCAACCGGCACACAAACCUGCCACGACAUCAAUGUCCUCGCUGUCUGGGACAUCCCAACCCUGAUAACAGAAUUUCAAACCAGUUCCCUCGGCUUCUUCAUAUUAACCAACUCUCGCGCUCUCCCACCCAAGGAAGCCGAAGUGUUGAUCCAAACAAUAUGCAGAAAUGUCUCCAUAGCCGCUCAAUCCACAGGAAGUAAGGUUGAUAUAGUUCUCCGCGGCGAUAGUACACUGCGUGGCCAUUUCCCACUUGAAACCGAUGUCGCACAGUCAGUCUUCGGACCCGCGGACGCACUCGUCCUAGCACCCUUCUUCUUUCAAGGAGGUCGGUACACCAUUGACGACAUACACUAUGUGGCAGAGGGCGAUCAGCUCAUUCCAGCGGGAUCAACGCAGUUCGCUCAAGACGCCACAUUCGGAUACAAGAGUUCCAAUCUACGCGACUACGUACAAGAAAAAGCGCCUGGACGGUUCUCAGCCAAUCAAUUACGCUCUGUAACUAUUACCGAGAUCAGAAAUGGAGGUCCUGAGACGGUUUGUCAAAAACUACUCUCUACACCAGCUGGCGGUGUAGUGAUUGUCAACGCAGCCGCGGAGUCAGAUAUGCACGUCUUUGUCGCGGGUCUUUUACUGGCUGAAUCAAAAGGGAAGCAUUUCCUCUACCGCACAGGCGCAGCGUUCGUCUCAACUAGACUCGGCAUUCGCUCCAAAGCACCCAUAACAGCGAAAGAUCUCCACCUUCCCGCGCCCCGGCAAACUGGCGGUCUUAUCCUUGCAGGAUCCUAUGUACCGAAGACAACAGCCCAGCUCAAGGUGCUGGUAGACCGCCGUGGAAAUACGGGAGAGCUUGCGAUUAUCGAGAUCCAAGUUGAGGAGCUCAUUGCUUCACCUGAGAAGGCGGAGGAGACUAUAUCGCGGAUUGUGAAGGAGACGGAGUCGCAUUUAGGUGCUGGGAUGGAUACACUGGUUAUGACUAGUCGGAAGCUUAUACUUGGCAAGGAUGAGCUUUCGUCGUUGCGGAUUGGGGCUGCUGUUGCGGAGGCUCUUGUUAGUGUUCUACAGAGAAUUGAAGUGCGGCCAAGAUAUAUUGUUGCUAAGGGUGGUAUUACUUCUUCCGAUGCUGCGACUAAAGGCUUGAAAUUUAAACGGGCAUUGAUUGUUGGUCAAGCUGCCCCUGGUGUGCCUUUGUGGAGGUGUGAUGAGGCUACAUCUCGGCAUUGA